AAAACCGGGACCGGGAUGAAAACCGGGAUUGGGAUAAAACCAGGACCGGAAUCAAACCGGGACCGGGACAAAACCGGGACCGGAACAAAACCGGGACUAGGAUCAAACCGGGAUCGGGACUGGGAUAAAACCGGGACCGGAAUCAAACCGGGACCGGGACAAAACCGGGACCGGAACAAAACCGGGAUCGGGAUCUCAUGGAUCGGGAUCUCAUGGAUUUGGAUCCCGCGGUCCGGGGCGGCUGCACCGGAACGAUGCGAACCGAGGCGGUCCCGCCCCGCCCGGGGGUCCCUCCCAGUCCCUCCCAGUCCCUCCCAGUUCCCUCCCAGUCCCUCCCAGUUCCCUCCCAGUCCCGCCCGGGGGCGCGGCCAAAACUCCCCGGUUCGAUCCCGGUCCCGGUUCCGGUCCCGGUUCGACCCCGAUCCCGGUCCCGGUUCGGUCCGGUCCCGGUUCGGGGUGAGGAGGAUGAAGAAGAUCGCGAUUUUCGGGGCCACCGGCAGAACCGGGCGGGUCACGCUGGGGCUGGCGCUGGAGCAGGGGCUGGAGGUGACCGUCCUGGUCCGGGACCCCUCGCGGCUGCCCCCCGGCCCCUCCCCCACGCGGCUGCUGCAGGGGGACGCGCGGGACCCCCGGGCGGUGGGGGAGGCCCUGAGGGGCCAGGAGGGGGUCCUGAUCCUGCUGGGCACCGGAACCGACCUCAGCCCCACCACGGUCAUGUCCGACGCCACCAAAACCAUCGUGGAGGCCAUGGCUGAGCACGGCGUGCCCAAGGUGGUGGUGUGUCUGUCCGCGUUCCUGCUGUGGGAGCCCGAGCGCGUUCCCGAGCGGCUGCGGCCGCUGACCGAGGAUCAUUCCCGCAUGGAGCGGAUCCUGCGGCACUCGGGGCUGCGCUGCGUCUACGUCAUGCCCCCGCACAUCGCCGUGGAGCAGCCGCUCACCGGGGAUUACGAGGUCUCGGUGGGCGUGGCGGGCGGGCCGGGAUCCUCCCGGCAGAUCUCGGCGCUGGAUCUCGGACACUUCAUGCUCCGCUGCCUCCGGAGCGACGAGUUCGACGGGAAGAGCGUCUACGUCAGCCGCCACUACCCCAAGGAGUAGGGAUCCACUUCCGCCAGGAUCCGCCACCGGGAUCCACCCCCGGGAUCCGCCCCCGGGAUCCAUCCCCG